CGUAACACAGAAAGAGAGAAAGAGAGAGAGAGAGAGAGAGAGAGAAAAAAAGUAGAAAACAAGAACACGGUUGUAGAAGAUCUCUGAAUAUUCGACAGUCAUGAAAUUGGAAAAGAUUGGAAGAAGCGAAGAAGAAGAAGAAGAAGAAGAUAAGGAGACGAAGAAGGGAGAGGAGGAGGCUGAGGAAGACGAGGAGGAAGAGAGUGAGCAUCGUUAUGGUGCUGGUUUCUUAGAUUCGGUGGUGGAUGGGGAGGAAGAGCUAUUCGUUCCACCUCUGAACUUCUCGGUGGUCGAUCAUGGAGUCUUUCGCUCAGGAUUCCCGGACACUGCCAACUUCUCCUUCUUGGAAACCCUUAAACUUAGCUCUAUCAUAUGUCUUUGCCCGGAGUCGUAUCCGGAGGCGAACACGGAGUUUCUCCGGUCUCAUGGGAUCAAGCUCUUUCAGUUUGGAAUUGAAGGUGGCAAGCCGUUUUUUCUUCAGGAACCUUUUGUAAAUAUCCCGGAAGAUACAAUCCGUGAAGCUCUCAAAGUUGUUCUAGAUGUUAGAAAUCACCCACUGCUUAUUCACUGCAAACGAGGAAAGCAUCGAACUGGUUGUUUGGUAGGAUGUUUGAGAAAACUGCAGAAAUGGUGUUUGUCUUCGGUUUUUGAUGAGUAUCAGCGAUUUGCUGCAGCCAAAGCUAGGGUUUCUGAUCAGAGAUUUAUGGAACGAUUUGAUACGUCAAGCCUUAAACAUUUGCCUACUUCAUUUUCCUGUUCGAAGAAGUCAUGAUGUUAGUUACCAAAGAUAUGCAUAUAUAGAAAAAAGCUAGAUUCGAUCGUCGUCAUCUUCUUGAUUGGAGCUGUUUGGGAUUAGAGUUCAGCAGUAGUGCAAUUUGUUCUUUCAA